AUAAACACCGUCUCUCCCUUCGAGCCGCUUAACCCCACAUGGCCUUGAGAUUAAACCCAUCCGAUUCAAGUCAGCUCAUCUCCGCCAUGGCCGCCUCCCUCUCCUCCGUCGCUCUCCCCUCCUUCCCACCAAGUUGCCAACAUGACCACCGCGCCACUGCAAUCACCCCCCGGAGGUCUCUCCUCAAAUGCUCCCUGAGGUCCGAAAAAUUGUCGGACCCUCUUCACAUUUGCCGGGUCUUGCCCAAGGCGCCGAGCGACCCUGUGCUGUUUGACGAGGGCCGCCUCGACAGAGAGAGAUACGGCGGAUUGGCAGAUCUAGACGGCCAUGGGGGAGCGAGGCCGGACGUCCGGUUGCCCGAGAGACGGCUAUCCGACGUGUGGCGCGAGAUACACGGCCAGGACGACUGGGCGGGCAUGCUCGACCCGAUGGACCCGCUCCUGAGAUCCGAGCUCGUCCGGUACGGCGAGAUGGCCCAAGCGUGCUACGACGCCUUCGACUUCGACCCCUUCUCCAAGUACUGCGGAAGCUGCAGGUACGCGAAGCAGGAGUUUUUCGAGCGCUUGGACUUGGACAUGAAGGGCCGCACCGGGUACGACGUCACGCGGUACCUGUACGCGACGUCGAACAUAAACCUGCCCAACUUCUUCAAGAAGUCGCGGUGGCCCAAGGUGUGGAGCAAGCACGCCAACUGGAUCGGGUAUGUGGCGGUCUCGGACGACGAGACCACACGGCGGCUGGGGAGGCGAGACGUCGCGGUCGCGUGGAGGGGGACGGUCACGAGGCUCGAGUGGGUCGCGGACCUGAUGGACUACCUCGUGCCAGUGAGCUCGCAGGAGGUGCCGUGCCCGGACCCGGGCGUGAAGGCCGAGUCCGGGUUCUUGUGCCUGUACACGGACAAGGAGGACGACUGCAAGUUCUCCAAGUACUCGGCUAGGGAACAAAUCCUGACGGAGGUGAAGCGCUUGAUCGAGAAAUACCCCGACGACGAUCUCAGCAUCACCAUGACAGGACACAGCCUCGGGAGCGCGCUGGCCAUACUGAGCGCGUACGACAUCGCCGAGACGGGCAUCAACGUGAGGCGGGACAGCCGGGCCAUCCCCGUGUGCGUGUUCUCCUUCGCGGGGCCCCGGGUGGGGAACGUGCGAUUCAAGGAGAGAGCGGAGGCGCUCGGGGUGAAGGUGCUGAGGGUGGUGAACGUGCACGACGUGGUGCCCAAGUCGCCGGGCCUGGUGUUCAACGAACGGUCCCCGCAGGCAGUGAUGAGGAUCGCGGGGGGCUUGCCGUGGAGCUACUCGCACGUCGGGGUGGAGCUGGAGCUGGACCACGAGCACUCGCCCUUCCUCAAGCCGACCGGCGACCCCGCCUGCGCUCACAACCUGGAGGCUCACCUCCAUUUGCUUGACGGGUACCACGGGAAAGGCCAGAGGUUCGUGCUAGCAAGCGGGAGAGAUCCGGCGCUGGUGAACAAAGACGGCGAUUUCCUGAAGGACCACCACCUGGUCCCACCUUUCUGGAGGCAAGUCCACAACAAGGGCCUCGUCAGGAACCACGACGGCCGUUGGAUGCAGCCGGAGCGUCCCAAGCCGGAGGAUCAUCCCGCUUACAUGGACCAUCACGUAGAGCAGUUGGGCCUCCAUAAUGGUCAAAGCUUGACCGGAUAGAAAGUGCGACACCGCGUUGUGUAGCUGUCAAAUGAGUCCGUCUGAUCAGAUUUGAUUGUGUCGUGUAUGGUUCGAUUG